GUCUCGGAAAAACGUGGUGGAGGAGACAGUGGUGUUCAAAGUGACAAGAACAUUCGAAGUGACAAUGAUGCUCAAAAUAACAACGCUGCUCAAAAUAACAACGCUGCUCAAAAUAACAAUACUGCUCAAAGUAACAAUGCCGCUAAAAGUUUUUCGAUGAAAGAUAUUCUGUUGCCACUGCUGGACGAUGUAUUGUACAAUGUAGUUACUUGGGUCAUUCCAUUAGCGGUGUCAUUUGCCUAUAACAAUUCGCUGGCUUUAAAAAUAUUUUCAAUUUGA